AUGAAAAAAUCAAGAUAUAAAAGCUUAUGGGAGUCUCAUAAACAUGAUAAAACAUUUUCUGAUGCAAUUGGAGUGAGUUUACAUCGACUACAAAAAGAAAAAUUAAUAAUUGACUCUACUGAUGAUGAAAUAUCUAGUCAAUCUACUCGUCUUGGAGUUAAGAUAUUUAAAGCUAUAAUGAACGUGAGGAAAAGUUUUUUAAUGAAGGAAAAAUUAAAAGAACUUAAUGUCAAACUCAAAGGGAGUAAAGAAGAAGAAGAAGAAAUGAGUGAAGAUGACAUACAGAAUGAAUCCAUGCGCAUUGAUCAUCAACAAGUGUCAGAAACAUUAGAAAAACAUCAAAAAUCUUCUGUCACUGAAAUUUUAGAAAGUGAAGCUGAUGUUACUGAGAUGAAUGAUGAUCAGAUGUCCAACAACUCUACUUACUCAAUUGGGCAUGAUGAAGAAGUUGAAGAAUAUUUAACGAUGGACGGGGAGGAGCCAUGUAAAGAUAAUUUUGACGAGAAUCACAGCAAUUACAAUAACGAAUUGAAUAACAAAAAUAAGUCUACUUCAUCAGCUGUAAGUUUAUCAGAACAAAACACACAACAGUUUACAACAGGUGGUGUUAAAAGAAAACUGAUGAACAAUGACAGUAGUUUAUCAACAACACAAAACAAACGACUAUGUCUUGUUGAAAUAUCAACUUCAGUGGGGAUCAACCAACAGCCUGAACCAAGAAGUACUAGUGCUCCAAAAAAUUACAAAUUAAAAGAAAAAGCUUUAGAUAGCAGUUUACAAAAUGAACAAAAUGACAAUCACCAAUAUGAUGAAAAUUCAUGGAAACCAACAACACGUUUGCAAAUAAAUAACAUAACUGCUGAUUAUGAAACACAAGCACUUUAUAAAAAAAUAAGUUGUAUAUUAAAUAAACUAACAGCAGAAAACAUGGAUAAAUUGACCCAACAAGUUAGAGACUUAAAUAUUAAUUCUCAUGAAAAAUUAAAAAGUCUUGUUGAUUUAGUUUUUGACAGAGCUAUCGAUGAACCAUAUUUCGCAGCGAUAUAUUCAAUGAUGUGUAAAAAAUUAGCAGACAUGCAAGUUGAUGUCGUUGAUAUGAGACGAAAAAAUAAAACAAAUUUUCAUACUUUAUUAUUAGAACGUUGUCAACAUGAGUUUCUGUUAAUAAAACGUGCUUCUGUUAAUAAAAGUAAACUUGAUGCUAAGCUUAAAGAAAUUGAUAAAUGUAAUGAUAUUGAAAAGAAAAGAAAACUAAUAGCAUUACUUAAUGAUGCUGAUUGUCGCUUAGGUAGAAAAGCAGUUGGUAAUAUUAGAUUGAUCGGUGAAUUAUUUAAACAAGAUAUGCUUAGAAUUUCCAUUAUCGAUAGAUGUAUAAAAGAUUUAUUUGCAACACCAGUUGAUUACAAUAUUGAAUGUCUUUGUAAAUUGUUAACAACAGUUGGUGCACAACUAGAAAAUUCAAAGAAUAAUAAUUUUGAUUACUAUUUUCGUCGAAUGUCUUCAUUAGCCAGUAAUAAAAAACUAAGCUCAAGAGUUAGAUAUAUGGUUCAGUAUGUUAUUGAUUUAAGAGCACAAAACUGGAUACCAAAAAGAGAUGAGAGCUAUCCAAUAAUAAUGAAUCAAUUCAAUAACAGUGGCAGUCACCAAUAUCAGAGAGAAAGUUCAUGGAAGCCAACACGUUUUCAGACAUGUAGAAACACUGAUAAUUUGGAAACGCAAACACUUUAUGCAAAAGUACGUUUUAUAUUGAUUCAGUUAACACCAGAAAACGUUGAUAAACUGACUCAACAAUUUGAAGAUUUAAAUAUUAACACACAUAAAAGAUUAGAAGGUGUUGUUGAUUUAAUUUUUGAAAAAGCUAUUGUUAAACCAAACUUUGCAUCAGUAUAUGCAUUAAUGUGUAAAAAAUUAUCCCAAAUGGAUACUAAUGUCGUUAAUAUGAGACAAGAAAAUAAGACAGAUUUUAGAACUUUAUUAGUAACACGUUGUAAACAGGCGUUUGAAAGUGUUUCUGUUAAUCGCCGUGAUAAACUAACAACAUCACUUGAUAAUGCUGACCGUCGUUUAUGUAUGAAAGCAGUUGGUAAUAUAAAAUUGAUUGGUGAAUUAUUUAAACAAAAUAUGAUUGGAAUUGUCGUAAUUGAUGCAUGUAUAAAACAUUUGUUAGCUACACCGUUUGAUUACAAUAUUGAAUGUCUUUGUGAAUUAUUAAAAACAAUUGGUCCAACGCUAGAAAAUCCAAAUAAUUAUAAUUUUAAUUACUAUUUUUUUAAAAUGUCUUCAUUAGUCAGUAAUGAAGAACUAAGCUCAAGAGUUAGAUCUCUACUUCAAGAUGUUAUUGAUUUAAGAGCACAAAACUGGGAACCCGAAAGAGACGAAGGUAAUCUAAUAACAGUAAACCAAGUUAGUAAAGAAGGUUCACCAUCAAGAAAAGAAUAUGAAAAUAUUGAAGGUGAACUUGAAAUGAUAACAACUAACAAUGAACCAACCGAAAUAAACAAACAACCAUAUGCCAUUGCAACAUCAACUUCAACAACCAACCAACAGACAUCAAUUCAAUUACCUGGAUCAAAUAAUACUGGUGCUACAACAAUAUACAUAUCAGAUAACAAAACUUUUGACAUGUAUAGUGAUUCGCCACAAAGUCCAGAGCUUGAGACAACAGCAACAAGCCAGUCCUCAACAUCACUCCUUUACGUUAUAUAUUCACAGCUCGAUGAACAAAUUAAGUCUCUUAUCAAUAUAGCUAUCGAUGAAUUCAAGAAUAAAAUCGAUCAUUUAAAUUAUCCGGAAUUUAUACGUAGGUCACUUGAAGUGACUAAGUUAGAAUCAUUGAAUGUUCGUGAAAAAUACUGGGGCUUUGUUGCUAAUAUGAUAACCAUUGGUAUAUUUCCACUUGCAGUAUUCCAAUCAGAAUACGAUAAAAUGUUUGAAGAAAUAAAAGACGUUUCUCCUAUAUUCUGGACGUACAAAGCUGAAAUACUGAAAAUAUUAGUGAAGCGGGGUGCACAUCCGUUGAAAGAAUUAAAACGUACGACAUUGGUACUUAAAAAAAAGGGUUUAGUUGGUAAUCUGGUCGGUGAAUUACUUAAAAUAUUAGUAGCAAGUGAAGGUCCAUCAGCAAUUACUGAAAAAUGGAAUAACAGCGGUAUUGAAUGGACUGAUUUACUUAAUACAUCACUUGAAAACCCAGAUGAUAUUAUUAAAAGAUAUAAUUUACAAUUUUUAACAUUUGGUAAAACAGACCCAUUAAACGAACAGUUAUUGAAAUUAUUACGUAAAAGUAAUAUUGCUGAUACAUUCAAAUGGAUAGCAAUAAAUGUCGGUGAAGAAACAUCAAGAACACCAAAAUUUGUCAGAAAACUUUUUACAUUGUUAUUAGAAUCAGGUAUUGAGACAAAAUACUCUUUUGAUAAGAGGAAUUUUUAUCAACCAAAUCGUUUAAAAAUUAUAAACCUCUUACCUCUUAUGAAAGAUUAUAUUGAUGGUAAUCUAGAAUCAGAAUUACAAUGUUUAUAUGGAUUGACCAAUGUUAAUCACAGAUGCAAAAACCCCCCAGGUUUUGUGUAUGAUAUAAUUAAAGAACUACAUGAAAAGGACAUCAUAUCACUCGGUGCCUUUUAUGUAUGGCAUAAUGGAACUGCUGCUACAUCUGAGUUAAUAGGUCAUGAUGAAGCUAAAUGGAAUCUACUGAGUCAAUCAUUCUGGAUCAAGUUCCAAGAAAGUCGUACUUAAAAGGUGUAUAGUUUUUUGAAAAACUUAAAUUGUUUAAAAUCGUUGGCAGAAAAAAAUACACUAA